AUGUAUCAACAUAUACGUAUCGCUUUGGAACAUGCUCAACAGCGAUCACAACAUGUACAGGAACAAGAAAAUAUUCGUCGUCGUAGGAAAACAAUCGAAAAGUAUCCAACAACACGUGUCAAUGAAUCAACGGCAACAUGUGUCAAUGAAGAUGAAACAACAUCAAACAAUCCCAGAGAGAUUAGUCAUCACUCUUUAUCAGAUCAUAAUGAAACACUAGAUGUUGAUGAUGAUUUUGAUCUUGAUUCCUUGGAAGAAAUUUCAAGUUAA